UAUAUUUUAAUUAUAUUUGUCCUUUUUGUUUAUAACAAUUCAAAGUUUUAUUCAUUUAAAUAAUAUACACGCGUAAUGCAUAUUUCAUUAAAGCGUAAACAAAACUAUUUGUUUCUGUUAUGAGAGACCAUUUAAAAGAAUGUUUUAUUUACGUAGUUUCUAUAAAAUACAUAGUUUUCGUAAAGCAUAUGUGUCAGUUUCUAAAUCGUCCGAAAUUAUUUAUUGUCAAUGAUAAAUAAUAGAGAUAACAAAACAAUGUUCGCGUAAUACGAAUAAAAUGUCCUAAUGAUAUGAAUUAACCACGGUUGAUUAACUACAUAUGUGUGAAUACGAAAUCACCAUUCAUAGCAUAAUUAAAUAUGGCGGCUUUGGAAAUACUGCUGUUGGGAUCAAAUGAAUACGCGUCUCGUCGAAUUGUCGUGCCUUGAACUACGUUCGUUUGAAGUGCCUUUAUUUUCCUGUGAUUUUGAAUGCUUUCCAUUAGUUUAGAAAGUAUACAUAUAUAUAUAUAUAUAUAUAUAUAUAUAAAUACAUACAUAUAUAUAAUAUAUUUAACUAGUAGAAUUUGAAAAAAAAGAUAUAUAUAUAUAUAUAUAUCUACAUUCCUUGUGGUGUUUGUGUUCCUCGAUAAUUGUUCCUGUUUUAAAAAGAGAAAACGAAAUAAUUAUAAACAUUUGAGAGACUACAAAAGAAUCAAAGUCUUCUAAUAUCAUAUGUGAUCAUGAUUCCAAACAGAUUAUCUAAUAGAGCACAAAGUAAUGUGACAGCGAGCACUCAGUUUGUGUUAUAUUUACAUAAAACAAGAAGGAAUGAUCUAUCUUUCUUUAAUUCUUAUUACUUUUUCAAUAUGACACUUGGUCGUGUUUUCAAGGGUAAGGGGCAACCCAAGGGACAAGCAAGAAUGCCUGCGGAAAUGGAUAUACGAGUCAAAGUUAUAUAUAAUGGGGAGGUCCAAAUUACAUACGUGACGGCCGGGAUCUCGGUGGAUACGUUGCGGGAGGAGAUGAGAGCGAUAUGCGGGUUUGGUGGCGCAGGGCCAGGUUCAGGGCCGGACCAACAAUUCACCAUGAAGUGGGUCGAUGACGAGGGAGAUCCUUGCAGAAUUGCGUCGCAGGAAGAAUUAGACGAAGCUCUGCGACUGUACGAACUAGAAAAGGACACGGAAAUAACGAUACACGGAAAAUGCAAAAAAUACGAUACCUAUCCAAAGUAUGCACUCACGAUAUAUAUAUAUAUGAUCUCUUUUGCUAUUUCUUUUUCAACGAAAUACUUAAAUAAAGUUUGUCACAAAUCAACCUCUCUUCUUUCUGUUUACGAGAGUCGUAUAUUAUAUAUACAUGAAUAUCCAUUGUAAAAAAGAAACACAUAUACUCUUGAUUUUAAUGGGUUUCUCGCGUUUAUUUCACCAACGUCGAAAAUAAAUGAGUUAAACUUUCCAAUUAUUCUCUCUCCCUCUCUCAUAUUUUCGACGAAUAUUCGACUACCAUUUCCUUUUUCAAACGAUUGCAUGUCUCUCUUCCGACUUUUUUCUCUUUCCCUUUUAUUUAUUUCUUUCGGAGAAAAUAUAGUACCUAUAACUAAUUACCUACGUAUGUUAUUGGACGUUUUACUUGUCUCAACAAAAAAUGAACAAUAAUCUUUCUUCGUCAAGUCUAGUUGAAAAUAUGAUUUUCUUUUUAUGUUUUUUUUCUUUUUUUCUUCUAAUCUCGAUCAUUCUAUCUAAUAAUCAUUGAGAUCAAUACAUUGUACUUUUCUUUUUGUUUUUAAAGAGCUCAGGAUAGAACACUUAGUCUGACAUGAAAUUUGAAUGCGCUCUCAGUGUAUAUUUAUAUAGGUCACCACACCUUUGCUAGUUGCUCGAUGUGUCGUGUAAAUGUAGGAUCGUCUAACUAGAGAACCUAACACCUCUUUGUAAAGGGACACGCAUUCGAACGUUAAACAAUGUUUACGCGUGUAUAACAAGCGUUUAAAGUCAAGCUUGUCCGAGUGUAAAAGCAGUUCAAUGAAAUUAUUUAAAAGAAUAUUUUCCUUACAUUAUUGCAAAACGAAUCAAAUUGUUAAUCCAAAAAUUCAAUUUCUGAAUACUUAAUAUCAUUAGGAUGUUAAUUAAUUUACACUUGAAAGAUCAUAAGCAUAUGUAGGUCGGAUAAUGCAGUAUUAUGAAUUCAAUAUCGAAAGUAAACAAUUUUGAAAAUAGUAAUUGGGGUAACAUCCUUUCUACCAUUCUUCUAACAUUACUAUUCUAUUCUACGCAUGAAUACCUAGUAUUCUAGUUGUUUUCACGAACACGAAGUCGCAAACCUAGGUAUUAAUACCUAUUCCUAUUGUCUUACUGUGUCUAAAAGGACAAAGGAGAUAUCGAACAGUCACGAUUCAGAUCACUACUACUUUUAGUAAAGAUUCUUUCUAUACUUGAAUCUAAGAACCCAAUUACACCAAUAUUAGCUUCACAGUAACUCUCUAAAUUGUUUAAAAUAUCAAAUUAAUCAGCCUACGAAUAAAUUAACUGAGAACAGAUUUUGAAAAUGUAAAUUCUUCGAAAUUUUAUUUACCUCGAAUUGUUUUGUAAAAGUUUGAGUUACGAUGUAUUAUUAUAUGUAGAAGUUUUGAUCCCAGAGAGGUGAAUCUUUCGGUAAGAUUUAGCUGAGUGAGAAUAAGGCGUCCUAGGAGCGCAGUAUCCUGCGCAGAGAUUCUUUGGUGUCUUGUCAGCUUUUCACCCUUUCUUGUUCCACACCCGUGGUUGGUGGUGGUAGUGGUGGUGAUCGCGAGAGGUAUGUUUCUUGGUAGUCGAGUAAAAGAAAGGAGCUUGGGAAGAGGACAGAGAGAAGAGUAGUACUUACACGUCCUUUCAGUCUUGUGUUCAUUCUUUUUAUGUUACUCGUUGUCCUGUUUGUCCUUGCCUCGUCAAACUUGGCCAGUGUUAGCAACCCUGACGCAAGGAAAGAAGGAAAGGUGGUGGCAAAGGGGUAGGAGAGUUGGCAUUAAACCUAAAGAGGGUGUAGAUA